CCACUCCUCGGUCGCCGCAUUUCCACCACACAGACGUCCAUUAUUUGUGUUAUUCGUCUGCGUGAUCUAAACAUUGCAGUUUUCUUAUUUUAAAUUUUGCUGUCUGGACGAAUAUUUUGCUUCAAUUUUUCUUGCCGGACGAACUUUAGACUUUUGAAGCCAACAUGGCAGAUCCCCUGAGUCUCUUGAGGCAGUUCAACGUCAACAAAAAGGAAAUUGUGGAACGCGACGGCCACAUCAUUUUCGGUGAAUUUUCUUGGCCUAAAAAUGUCAAAACAAAUUACCUCAUGUGGGGCUCCGGAAAAGAUGGAGCCCCGAAGGAGUAUUAUUCUCUCGAGUGCUUGCUUUUCUUGCUCAAAAACGUCACACUCACCCAUCCUGUCUACGUGCGACAAGCUGCUGCUGAAAACAUUCCUGUUGUACGUCGUCCUGAUCGUAAAGAUCUGCUGGCCUAUCUCAAUGGCGAAACUUCAACGUCAACCAGUAUUGACAAAUCUGCUCCCCUCGAAAUUCCGACUCAGGUCAAAAGGACCAUGGAGGAACCUCAAGAACCUGCAGCCAAGAAGCCGAGGUUUGAACAGAUGCAGGUGCAGAAAGUCAAAGAGCAACUUGCUGCCAGACUGGAUGCACCUAAAGAAGCAUCUGUGACUGUCGACAACAUUAAAUCUUUGUCAGAGGCAAUGUCUGUGGAAAAAAUUGCUGCCAUUAAGGCUAAGCGCUUGGCCAAAAAGAGAACCACUAUCAAGGGCACAGACGACAAAGGACUUGAAUCCGAUUUGAGGGUCAUCAUAGAUUUUGAUGUUGAUGUAACCAAGGACAUUGUUUCGAGGGAACGGCAGUGGAGGACCAGGACCACCAUUCUUCAGAGCACUGGAAAGCUCUUUGCUAAAAAUAUUUUUGCAAUUUUGCAAAGUAUCAAAGCCAGAGAGGAGGGACGUCACCGCCCUCCGGCACCCACCCCUGUGGUCACUCCCAGAGCCACCCCUGUUCGAUCGAUUCCUCAGCCUGCCGUCUACAAUCGUUAUGAUCAGGAACGUUUCAUCAGGGCUAGAGAAGAAACCGAGGGAUUCAAAAUUGAUACUAUGGGCACUUACCAUGGUAUGACCCUUAAGUCCGUGACUGAAGGCAACCAGCCCAAGAAGCAGCUGCAGGCCGCCAUCCCUCCUGUGGUUCCAAACAACCACAUUUCUGCCUCUCAGCCUCCAGCCACAACUCCCCAGCAGGUGGCUGCAAACAGACCUCCUGUCUCUAAAAGAGUCUCCCGAACCCCAAUCAUCAUUAUUCCGGCCGCCAACACGUCUCUCAUUACCAUGUACAAUGUCAAGGACAUUCUGCAGGAGUUGAGAUUUGUCAGCGUGGAAGAAAAGAAAGCCCAAGGUGCCAAGAGAGAUAAUGAGGUUUUGCUGCAGAGACGCAAAGAAGGCAACCUGACUGUGCCUUAUCGUAUUAUUGACAACCCCCAAAAAUUAAGCCCAGCUGACUGGGACAGAGUUGUAGCUGUUUUCGUCAUGGGCCCUGCUUGGCAGUUUAAGGGAUGGCCCUGGGAUGGAAACCCUGUGGAGAUUUUUUCAAGAGUUUGUGCUUUUCACAUGAAAUGGGACGAGAUUAAGUUGGACGCCAAUGUAGGUCGCUGGGCCGUGAAUGUGAUUGACUUGUCGAGAACCAAACGUCACCUGGACAGGGCUUCACUUAUGUCAUUCUGGGAGAAAUUGGAUCGGCAUAUUAUGAAGUGCAAGCCUCAUCUGCGCUUCUGAAUGGAAUAAUCCCGACUAGGAGUAACUUAAUACCUGCAACAACUAUAUCUGCUCUGUAUCAUAUUUUUCUUUUAAAUAUAACAAAAUGUCUACAUAUAGGAAAAUAAAAAGUAUCUUCAUUAUUCAA